CCUCCCACUUCGAAAACAUCAGCACUUCAUCGCCCGAUUCUUCGUCUCCAGAAACACCACGAAUUCCCAGCGUCCUGCCACCGCCGCCAUCUGUCCACCACGAAACCACCCUCCCCAUAACACACAAUAAAUCAUUCACCAUGUUGGAAGCACGAUUGGAGCAGGCGUCCGUCCUGAAGAAGGUGGUCGACGCGAUCAAGGACCUGGUGCAGGACUGCAACUUCGAUUGCAACGACAGCGGCAUCGCGCUGCAGGCCAUGGACAACAGCCACGUCGCCCUCGUGUCCCUAAUGCUCAAGACGGAGACCUUCUCGCCAUUCCGCUGCGACCGCAACAUCGCGCUCGGGGUCAACCUCACGUCGCUCACCAAGGUGUUGCGCGCGGCGCAGAACGAGGACAUUCUGACGCUGAAAGCCGAGGACGCGCCCGACGUCCUGAACCUCAUCUUUGAGAGCUCGGAGAAUGACAGGAUCUCCGAGUAUGACCUCAAGCUCAUGGACAUUGACCAGGAGCACCUCGGCAUUCCCGAGACGGAAUACUCGGCGACUGUCAGCAUGCCGUCGUCCGAGUUCAAGCGCAUCACGACAGAUCUCAUGGCCAUGUCCGAGUCUGUUACGAUUGAGGCGAAUAAGGACGGGAUCAAGUUCUCGUCGCAGGGCGACAUCGGCAACGGGUCUGUUACGCUGCGGCAGCACACCAACGUGGACAAGCCGGCCGAGAGCAUCGAGAUUGAGCUCAACGAGCCCGUGGCCCUCACUUUCUCGCUCAAGUACCUUGUCAACUUCUGCAAGGCGUCCGGGCUUUCUACGACGGUCAAGAUCUGCCUGUCCAACGAGAUACCCCUGCUGGUCGAGUAUACCCUUGCGGGUAGCAGCUUUUUGCGCUUCUACCUCGCGCCAAAGAUUGGAGACGAGGAGUAGAAAGGGGGUCCAAGUACUCCAGCGAUGGCACACAACACAAAGAAUAUGGAAAGAAAGGAACUGGCUCCGCGCAGGGUAUGAAUGCCUUGCGCCAAUACUAUUGAUACUAUAACAAAACCGGGAAGCAAUGUUUCUUUCGGUUUUUUAGUAGACGAAUGACGGAACAGUGUCUUGUUAGAGAGUGCGGAUGCUGGCCUAGCACGACGGCGAUCAGGCAUCUAGCAUAUGGUAAUGAAGUCU